AUUCUCUGUAUAAUAGGGCUUAGAACGGCACACAGGCGCAAUCGAAUAACAUAUACCUACAUCUAUUCAUUUAGAUACUGUUAAUAAAGCUGCGGAACUUUCGAAAAUGCGUUAUAUACCAGUCAUCUUUUUCACUGUUUAAUCACAUUAAUAAAUUAUUUGGAGUCAUUUAUUCACUUAUUCUAACACUAAAAACAUCGUCGUUAUUUAUUUAAUUGUAUUCCAUUUGAAAUUUACUAAUGCCGGAAUCACUCAUUUUUACAUAACCUUCUUUGUAAUUGUCAAAUAUAGGUUAGGUAUAGUGAUCAUAGUGCGAUUAUAACAAUUAAAGCUACAAUUUAUUGAGCAAAAAUGGCAACAUUAGCAGAGCAAGCAUCAAAAUUGCUAGACUUUAAUCAGAAAUUGGACAUCACUCUGCUAGAUUAUAUAGUAGGAUGCAUGUAUGAUGGAAUGGGAGAACAGCAAAGAAUAGCACAAGAGGUGCUGACAACCCUCAAGGAACAUCCAGAUGCAUGGACAAGAGUUGAUACCAUUCUAGAAUAUUCGCAGAACCAACAAACGAAAUAUUAUGCAUUACAAAUAUUAGAACAAGUAAUAAAAACACGAUGGAAAGUACUUCCUCGCAAUCAAUGUGAAGGCAUAAAAAAAUACAUCGUAGGUUUGAUCAUUAAGACCAGCAGUGAUCCUCAGUCUAUGGAAGCUUCUAAAGUUUAUCUAAACAAACUUAAUAUGAUUCUUGUACAAGUGUUAAAGCGUGAAUGGCCAAAGAAUUGGGAAUCUUUUAUUGGUGAUAUUGUUGGUGCAAGUAAAACAAACGAGAGUUUGUGCCAAAAUAAUAUGGCCAUUUUAAAAUUAUUAUCUGAAGAAGUUUUUGACUUCUCAAGUGGUCAAAUGACACAAACAAAAGCAAAGCAUCUCAAGGAUACAAUGUGCAGUGAAUUUUCUCAAAUAUAUCAACUUUGUCAGUUUGUUUUGGAAAAUUCACCUAAUGUACCACUUGUAACUGUUACCCUAGAAACGUUACUGAGGUUUUUAAAUUGGAUUCCUCUUGGAUACAUCUUUGAAACAAAAUUGAUUACAACAUUAAUAUUCAAAUUUUUAAAUGUACCAAUAUUUCGUAAUGUAACGCUCAAGUGUCUUAUAGAAAUAGCUGCAGUUACUGUAACUAAUUAUGAUAACAUGUUUGUAAUACUAUUUGUGAACACAAUGCAACAACUAGAGCAAAUGUUACAUCCUAAUACAAAUAUUCGUGAUGCUUAUGCUUUUGGACAAGAUGAAGAACAAAAUUUUAUUCAAAAUCUAGCUAUGUUUCUAUGUACAUUUUUAAAAGAACAUGGUCCAUUAGUUGAAAAGAAAGAAUUCAAUGAUACACUAUUAAAAGCACUGCAUUAUCUUGUAUUAAUUUCGGAAGUUGAAGAAGUUGAAAUUUUUAAAAUUUGUCUUGAAUACUGGAAUGGAUUAGCUGCAAAUUUAUACAAAGACAAUCCAAUUAUGUCAGUAUCUCCAAUUUUAGGAGCUAAAAAAGAUGUGACAAUUCCCUCUCGACGAGCGUUUUACUGUCCGGUUCUAACUAAAGUUCGAUAUAUAAUGAUAAGUAGGAUGGCCAAACCAGAAGAAGUACUUGUUGUUGAAAACGAAAAUGGGGAAGUUGUUCGUGAAUUUAUGAAAGACACAGAUUCUAUUAAUUUGUAUAAAAAUAUGCGCGAGACAUUGGUUUACUUGACACAUCUUGAUUGUGCAGAUACUGAAAAAGUGAUGACAGAAAAACUUCAAAAUCAAGUUAACGGCUCUGAAUGGUCAUGGAAAAAUUUAAAUACGUUGUGUUGGGCUAUUGGUAGUAUUUCUGGAGCAAUGCAUGAAGAAGAUGAAAAACGAUUCCUGGUAACGGUUAUAAAAGAGUUGCUAGGUUUAUGUGAGCAAAAAAAGGGUAAAGAUAAUAAAGCAAUUAUAGCAAGUAAUAUUAUGUAUGUAGUCGGUCAGUAUCCUCGUUUUCUUCGUGCUCAUUGGAAAUUUUUAAAAACAGUAGUAAAUAAAUUAUUUGAGUUUAUGCAUGAGACACAUGAUGGUGUCCAAGAUAUGGCCUGCGAUACUUUUAUUAAAAUAGCUAUAAAAUGUCGUCGACAUUUUGUUACAAUUCAAGUUGGCGAAACAAUGCCGUUUAUUGAAGAAAUACUUUCUAGUAUAAGCAGUAUCAUUUGUGAUUUACAAACUCAACAAGUUCAUACAUUUUAUGAAGCUGUCGGAUAUAUGAUAAGUGCUCAGGUGGAUGAUAUAGCGCAAAAAGAAAGAAUUGAACGGUAUAUGUUACUUCCUAAUCGAGUUUGGGAUGAUAUUAUUAGUCAAGCUUCAAAAAAUGUAGAUGUUUUAAAAGAUCAAGAAGCUGUUAAGCAGCUCGGCAGUAUUCUCAAAACUAAUGUCAGAGCGUGCAAAGCUCUAGGACAUCCAUAUGUAAUGCAAUUAGGAAGAAUAUACUUAGAUAUGUUAAAUGUGUACAAGGUAAUGAGUGAAAAUAUAAGUGCUGCGAUAGCUUUGAAUGGUGAAGUGGUAAUGAAGCAACCAUUAAUUAAGAGUAUGAGAGUUGUGAAAAAAGAAACAUUAAAAUUAAUAUCUGAUUGGGUGAGCAGAUCUAAUGACCAUCAAAUGGUUUUAGAGAAUUUUAUACCACCUUUAUUAGAUGCCGUACUAUUGGAUUAUCAAAAAACUAAUGUUCCGUGUGCAAGAGAGCCAGAAGUUUUGAGUGCUAUGGCAACGAUUGUGAAUAAAUUACAGGGCCAUAUUACUAGUGAGGUUCCUAAAAUUUUUGACGCUGUAUUUGAAUGUACUCUUGAAAUGAUAAAUAAGGACUUUGAAGAAUUUCCUGAAUAUCGAACAAACUUUUUCUUAUUACUUCAAGCAGUAAAUGUAUACUGUUUCCCGGCAUUUUUAACAAUUCCACCAGCACAGUUUAAGCUGGUUCUUGAUUCUAUUAUUUGGGCAUUUAAACAUACUAUGAGAAACGUUGCUGAUACAGGUUUAGCGAUCUUGUAUCAAUUAUUACAAAAUAUUGAACAGCAUGAUCAAGCUGAGCAAAAUUUCUAUCAAACUUAUUUUACCGAAAUUUUACAACAUAUAUUCAGUGUAGUAACUGACACUUCACAUACUGCUGGUCUCACAAUGCACGCGACUAUUUUGGCAUACAUGUUUACAUUGGUGGAGUUAGGUAGAAUUCGCGUACCACUCGGCCCAAUACCUGACAACAGACUUUAUGUUCAAGAGUUUGUAGCGAGUUUAUUGAAGGCAGCUUUUCCACAUUUAACUGAUAAUCAGAUUAAGAUCACAGUUCAAGGAUUAUUCAAUUUAAAUCAAGAUAUUUCAGCUUUUAAAGAACAUUUGAGGGAUUUCCUUGUACAAAUUCGGGAAUAUACGGGAGAAGAUGAUUCAGACCUUUUCUUGGAAGAACGUGAAGCAGCUUUACGAUUUGCCCAAGAAGAAAAGAGAAGGCAGCAGAUGGCUGUUCCAGGUAUACUUAAUCCACAUGAGAUGCCAGAAGAGAUGCAGGACUGCUGAAUUUUCACCUAAUCUUAUACUUAUUUCAUUUUACGCAUGUUUGAAUGAAAGGCACGUCGUCAUAAUUAUUUUUCUGAAUCCUUCCAUUUACAAUUGUUUUUAUUAUGUCCUAUAUUUCAGUGUAUGAAUCACUAUCUGAUUUUUGAACGAAAAGUAAGCCCGAAAUAAGCUCAUUGUACACGUCAGCAUUGUUUAUGAAGACAGAUUUCUCUCCAUGAAUUCAAUAAGUGUGCCUGAUUUCAUUGGCAUAAUUCCACAUAUUUCAUAAACAAUAAUUCUGAUAAGAAUAUUCUCAGUAAAUAUAUAGGAUAUAAAUAAUGAAUAAAUAAAUAAAAACAAAUCGAUACUAUUAUACAUGGUUAACUGCCAACAGAUGUUUUAUUUUUUUUGUGUGUAUAUGUUAAAUAAAUAAUUUUCAUAUUUUAUAAAAUUAAUUAGUAGAUGA